CCCCACCCAGCCAGCCAGCCAGGCCAGCCAGUCAGCCACCUACAUAUAGACACAGACGGGGAUGGACUACGACGACGAUGCCAUGUCGGCCAUGGCGCCUACGCCGACUGCUUCUGCGGCACUCUCCUCCUCCUUGCUCCGGUCACCCCACUCGGCGGCACCGCUGGACGCCUCGGCCGUCUUUGCCGAGCCGGUGGACACGGCGGCACCGGCGGUGGUUGUCUCAUCACGCCCGGCGGCGGGGCCCGAGGUGGUGGUGGGGGCUGCUGCAGGAGGGGCUGCCGGGCGUGGUGAGGAUGACGGCGACGGCGAGGACGGGGUCGGCGGCGGCGACCGGCGUGGCGGAGCGCCUGACGCCGACGCUUCCAUCGCAGCGGCGGCAGCGCUGACCGAUGCGCUGCUGCUAGGCGAUGGAGCUGGUGGUAGCAACGGGAGCGGGAAGAACGGGGCCGAGGCGGAAGUGGGUGGACCGAUGGCGCUGGGGAGCGCGCCGGCCAAUGCGGCGACCAUGGUGGUGGCGGUGGUAGAUCCGGUCAAGCACGGCUCGGGCAUCGACGCCUUUGUUUCUUACAAGGUGCAGUCACGGGCGGCGAUUCAUGUGGGCAGCGAGGGCGGCGUGACCUCGGUCAUCCGGCGGUACCGCGACUUUCUCUGGCUCCACGACCAGCUGCAGGCCACCCAGCCGGGCAUCAUCGUCCCGCCGCUGCCGGAAAAGGUGGCCCUUGGGCGGUUCCACGUCGAUUUUAUCGAGCAUCGGCGUCGCGAGCUGGAGCGGUUCCUCGUCCGGCUCACACGUCACGCACACAUCAAGACCUCGUCUGUCCUCGCGCGCUUCCUCGCCGAUCCGGACACGCUGCCAUCGACCAAGUCGAAGAAGGCCGAUCUAGUGGCGGCGAUGCGCGGCUUUGGGCGGACGCUGUCGGCGCUGUCAGGCGUGUCGCCGGCGACGACCAUCCCGGGCGAGGCCGACUCGGUCUUUACUCAGCAGACUGCGCUGCUGGCUAUGCGCGAGGCCCAGCUGGCCCAGCUCAUCCACGCGCUGGAAAGCUGCGUCAAGCGGCGGCGUCAGAUGGCAGACGCCUUUGACGUCGUCGCCGGUGCUGCGCAGGAGCUCGGGGCCAGUUCCGCGGCGCGUAGCUUGUCAGACGACCUCAUGCGGUUUGGGUACUCGACUGAGCGGCUGUGCGUGGUGUACCAGGAGAUGACCAACAACGAGAUUGUGUUCUUUGUCGACGCGCUCCGCGAGUACGUGCGGACGAUCGAGGCGGCCAAGGUUGCGCUCUCGUCGCGGGCAGCGGCGUACAACGGGUGGCAGUCGGCCAUCCGUGCACAUCAGCAAGCACAGACACGGCUCAACCGCAUGGCCGCCGCGCCGGAAAAGUACGGCGACCGCGUGCCGGAGCAGCGGGCUGCUGUCGAGCAUGCGCGCGCUGCGGCCAAUGAGGCCAAGCUCGCCUUUGACGACAUCUCGGACAUGCUCGAGUCGGAGUUUAAGCGGGUCGAGCGCGAGCGGAUCCGCGACUUUCGUGCCGCACUCACCAUGGAGAUCCGGACCCAGGUGAGCCACCAGACCAAGGUCCGCAACACCUGGGUCCGCCUCCUCGAUGAGCUCGUCCACCGUGGACCGGAGGCUGCCGCCGCCGUCGCGGAUGCCGCCGCCUCUGAUGACUCGUAGCUGGCCAAAA